AUGAAACUGUUGAUUUUAUUUCAUUUACUUUCACUUGUAUUUGCGCUUGCCUUAUUUAUGAGAGCUUUUUUUCCUGUGAAAAAUGUUUCUCGUGGAUUUUCAACUCAGAAGGUGAAAUUAACCCAAGGCGAAUCAAGUCUGUCGAACACCAGCCAUGGGAGCUACCGGCGGUUGGUGCUGAUGGUCAUCGACGCUCUCCGGGCAGAUUUCGCGUUUGGACCUUUAAAUUACUUUCCAAAGACGUUUGAAACAAUAAGAAAGGGUCACGGGUUACAGUUUAUUGCUAGAACCAAUCCCCCAACGGUUACUUUGCCAAGAAUAAAGGCCAUCACUACAGGCAGCACACCAAGUUUUAUAGAUGUUGCUCUCAACUUUGGAUCCCCUGCCCUGGAGGAAGACAAUAUAAUCACACAGAUGAAAAGACAUGGACGUCAAAUUGUCUUCUUUGGGGAUGACACAUGGAUUAACUUGUUCCCCCAGCAUUUUGAACGCAGUGAUGGCACAACAUCAUUUUAUGUGUCUGAUUACACUGAAGUAGAUAGAAAUGUUACACGUCACCUCAAGCAAGAACUUUACAAGCCCACCUGGGAUGUUAUGAUUCUACACUACCUUGGUCUUGACCAUAUUGGACAUAUCGCUGGACCUAGCAGUCCACUGGUCAAACCAAAGCUUGCAGAGAUGGACGACAUCAUCAGGCAAAUAUAUAAUGCUAUGGAACAAUGGGAUGGACCAAGCCUUCUUGUUGUGUGUGGUGACCAUGGCAUGAGUGACCAAGGUGGACAUGGGGGAGCUACAGCUGGGGAGAUUUCAGUUCCUGUGCUUUUUUUAAGUCCACAGAUUGUUAAUAGAGAUUCUAAGCACGUGGCGUCCAUUUCUCAGGCUGACCUGUGCCCUACCUUGUCUGUUCUUUUGGGACUUCCUAUUCCAAAAAACAACCUCGGCAAAGUUAUACCUGAGGCUUUGAUUGGCUACAGUUUACCUGAGAAAGUGUCUGUACUCCACCAGAAUGCCAUUCAGGCAGUGCAGAUUCUAAAGAGCUAUGUUCAUGAUUUAGAAAAAGAGUCGUCUUUCAUGCUGUAUUCAAAAGCCAAACAUCAGUAUCAUAAAUGGUUGGCGGCAAGGAACUCCACACUAGCUACUGCAUGGGCAGACGAGGGCCAGAUUUUACUGAGCAUGUAUUCACAAAGUCUGGCCCUGCUAGCUGAAAAAGUAACCUCCCUGUCUACACAGUAUGACACGUAUGCCAUGUCUGUGUCUAUAGCUCUGCUUUGGAUGCUACUUGUGUCACUGAUCAUCAGUCACAUGAAGAAAAGUCCUACAAGACAUUCAUUGGCUUUGUCCAGAUAUGCAAGUCAUUUGAUCACCGCCAUUGGCGCGGCUGUUUUGUCACAUAUCACCAUGUGUACGGCGGUUGGUGUUCCAAGUGAAUUACUAUGUCAAACCACACAAAUAAGCUUUAUAACCCAGAUGCUUGUUGGAGUCAUCUUUGUCACAUGUCUGCUGGUGAUCCUAACUGAAGUACCCCAGUGUGAAUCCCUCCCAAGGCAAUAUCAGACCUUGGUGGAAAAGAUGACUUUUGUGGAAGCAUUUCUUCUUAUUGGAACUUUGGCUCAUGCAUUCACUCUUGUUUCCAGCAGUUUUGUGGAGGAAGAGCACCAGACAAUGUAUUUCCUAACAACAACAGUGCAUCUACUGCUACUGGUUCAAACAGUCACUUUUUUGCUUAACAGUUACAGAAGAAAAUACCCUUCAAGCACCAUCAAAAAUGCAAUUGACAUGAGCCAUAACACGUAUGAAAGGGUGAUAACUGGGGAAGAUAUUAACAACAGCUGCAGGAAAAUCAGCCUAGAAUCAGUUCAGCCUGAAUGUGACAGAAAUAUACAAGUGUGUAACUCAACACCUUCAGGUCAUUAUUCUGGUAGUGCUGCAGCAGAACCCAGACAUUGGUCAGCAAGAACAGUGGACAAGGAGGUGUCAGACUGCUUGCAUGUUGGAAAGGCUCUAGGAAAGUCAGACAAACCAAAGGGAGGAGACUCCAAAGGAAAUGUGUACUGUAUAAGUUCCAAGGAGUUUCUGCAUGUUUCUGCCAGUAUUAUUUGUGUGCUGGUCCUGCUGAGGGUUUUGAGGCGGUGGAACCAGACUGGCAACAAGUGGAUUGAUGUCCCAGAUUUUGGAGACUGGCUUAUUCUGGCUGAAAACAAGAUGUACCUCUCCCUGGUUGCUGUGUUUUCUAUGAUGAUCAUUGGUGCAUCGCAGGGACGGCACCUGAAACGGGUGCAGAGCAUGUCGGUCAACUUGGCUCUCUGCACUGCUUACUUGUAUCGGGUUGCCGGAGAAAGCUUGUUUUUUCCAUCCUCAUGGUUUCUGUCGGCAAGGGGAAUCCUGGAAGCAAGAGCUUCAUUCUUCUUCAUGGGUAUCACUGUAGUCUUGUCUUUAUUACCCACAAAUUGUUUCAAACUUGAUGAUGUUCAGCAGAGGCCCAAAACACUGCCAGCCAUUGAAGGACAGACUUCUAAACUGAAGAAAGCAGCCUAUGUACCAGUACUGUCACGUCAUACAGAAUCACCUCAUUGUCAAGUUAGUGAGAGAGAUCUUGUUGGUCAGAGUUCAAAGAAGACGACGCUCUCUCAUGAAGCAGCUCAAGCAUCUAGCUUCAUAGCUCGUCAGAAGAAAACAACCAGCUCUGUGUCAAGAUCAAGCUGUGGCACAUCCAGAUCUUCUGGCCAAAUGCAGGAUGAAGAGACAGUUAGUUUUAGUAUGCACCAAAGGUUGAGGGGCGUGGCAGCUGCCUUUCUAUGCUUCAUGUGUCUAGUGCUGCGGCCACACAACCUCCCUGUGGUGGCUGUGAUGUCAUUAGUGGAGCAGAUGAUGACACCAGUUGUCAUCAGAUUUCGUAUGCAACCGACGUACAUUGUAUUGUAUUGUCUGUGGAUGGGGCAGGCAUUCUUCUUCUUUCAGGGCAACUCAAACAGUCUGAGCACUUUAGACUUGACCACCGGCUAUACAGGUCUAGAGGAGUUUACACCAGCAAUGACCGGACCUCUUCUUGCAUUGGCUACCUACGCAGGAACCAUUUUCUGGAUUGUGACCUUCUUGAGAAUUGUGUGUCUCAUGUGUGACAAAGAUUACAAAUGCUCAGAAUACAGGUAUGUACUGCUGCCAUCAGUGCUAACUGGAGCUUGUAGUACACUUCUCCUCAGCCGGGCUCUGCCAGCAUCCAUCUACACAGUCCUCAUGUCAACACAGCGAUAUCACCUCUUUGUCUGGACUGUGUUCUCACCAAAACUGCUGUAUGAGGGGGCAAACACUGCUGUCACAUGUGUUCUUUCUCUUUUACUUUUAAUUUGGUCAAUGUUUCAGACUUGA